AUGGAGGUCUUCAAUCUGUGGAGGGAUUAUCUGGGACUAGCCAGUGUGGUGGGGGCUCUCCGGGAGGAAAAGAUGGAGCCCCAGGGAUCAGGGUCAGAGCCAGACCCAGGCCCUGGCCCCAGCCUAAGGCAGGAACUCCUGCCCCCCAGGGACCCCCUCUGCACCUUUUGCAAGCACAAUGGGGAGUCUCGGAACAUCUACUUAUCCCACACGCUGAAGGACGAGGAAGGCCGGGUGGUAUGCCCCAUCCUGAGGAAAUAUGUGUGCCCACAGUGCAGAGCCACCCAAGACAAUGCCCACACCAAGCGCUUCUGUCCGCUCACCAGCAAGGGCUACAUGUCUGUGUAUAGCUACACAGCCCGCAAUUCGGCUGGCAAACGGGCCACACUGCAGUGGCCCACAGAGGAGCCGGGCCUGGCCAAGGCCAGGACCAAGAGGAUUCCAGCAAUCCCUGAAGGAAAACCUCCCACCCGGACUCCAGAUGAAAGCAAUGCAGGCAGUGACACAGGUUCAAAAGCCUCCACAACUGCUUUUCUCACUCUGCAACCAUGA